AAAGAAUGCCAAUGACUGCAAGUACUUACAACACGUUGCACGGCACGUGUCAGUCGACUUUGCGCGUGAUAUUGAAGGCAGUCUCGAAAAGGGGGGAUGAGGUUGGUGCCUGAGGCAGACAAUAUCUCGAAAUUCUGUCGCCCCGCACUUUCCCAAUGUUGACAUGCCUUGAUGCCUUGUUUACGCCACGCCUUCAUCAAUGUAGCAUCUUCAACAACGACAAUUCCCCCUCAAUGGAGAUGUCAGAAAUCAUCACAGGGGCGCAUGCAGUGGCAUCACCUUGUGGAAGCUAUGUCGCUUCCCUCUCCGCCGCCAAACUGAGGAUAAGCUCCACCUGGACUCCGGAGCGAUACACGCAUAUAAACAUUCGCCCUGUCAAGGAUGUCACCGCCCUGAAAUGGAGCCAAGACAGCAAUCGCCUGGCAAUUCUAUCCCCUCAACACGUCGAGGUCGUGUGUCUGGACGAUGCGCAUCACCGAGUCCGAUUGGACAACGGCAGUGGUGGCCUUGGCCGCUUUGCUUCGGUGGACUUUGUCGGUGCAGACCAUCUCCUCGUCAUCUGGGAAUUCGGCAAGGCGAAACUCUGGAGUCUAAGUGAAGGCAAAGGCGUGGAACUCGCGGAUGUCAAGACCGUCACUGGUGGCCAGGCGUGGCAGAUUAGACCCGGACACACCACCGCCACAUCACAAGUUUUGGCCAUUCUGACCCGGCAGGGCUCUGAUGAUCUGCUCAACAUCUACUUUCCGCACCUGCACAAGCAACUCUCCUCCACCAAACUGUCCACCGUGGAUGCGCAAUCGAUUUCAUGGUCGCCUGAUGGACGAUGGCUGACUGUACUGGAUACUCCGACUGCACCUUCAAGCGUGCACAUCUUCACCCCGGAUGGCCACCUGUUUCGCACCUACCCUUCCUCUACCGAUAGUAGCACCAUGUCACUGGGCAUCAAGUCAGCCAUUUGGUCCUCUGACUCUCGUGUCCUGGCCUUAACAAGACACGAUAGCCGCAUACUUCUCCUCAACACCCGAACUUUCGCCCCCUUGGCCAUCAUCGAGCACAGCACCACCAUCGAUCAACGCUCCUCACCACCAGACCAGCAAUCCCCCAUCUGGCAAGAGUCGGUCACAGCCUCCGGCCAGCGAUCCUACAUCCCCGUCUCCCACCCCGUUUCACCCCCCCUCUCCAAACCAAAAUCCACAGCCGACCCAGCCGACUUCGGAAUUGCAGAAGCUCGAUUCAACUGCACCGGCAGCCACCUCGCCACUCGCGACGAGCGCAUGCUCAACACAGUCUGGAUCUGGGAUAUGUCGAGCUUGGUGGCGCACGCCGUGCUCAUCCAACAUAGCAACGUGCGAAGACUACGGUGGCACCCCACCCGGCCAGACAUGCUCUUGCUAGACUGCGGCGAACGCAUCCCUUACAUCUUCAGCAUUGCAUCCGCACAGCCACCCACCCCAUUCGAAGCGAACAUGCCAUUCAACCUCACCUUCACAUGGGCCGAGACACCCGCAACAAGCAACCUCGCCUUCCUCGCAAUCUCCAAAACCACCCUGCGGAUCAUGUACCCCGAAGGCCAGCCUUCACCUAACGAUGAAGAAGGCACAACCGCGCCACAAGCCAACCCUCCCAACACCGUCUUCGACGAAGGCAACAGCGACGACUCCCUCUUCGACGUCCUCUCAGGCCGGAAACCUCUGCCGCCCAAAACGGAGCCUUCGUACACCGAGAGGAUAGAUUGGGAGGUGGAGACGGAAGAGGAGAACAGCCUGGUGCGCGUGGAUGAUACAUUCCGGGAGAAGAGGCGGAAAAGCGUGCAGAAAGCGCCGGCGACGUCGAUGAUCCUGGAUCCCUUAGACGACAGUGAGAUAUUCUGAGAAGAAUGGAAAGAAUUACAAAGUGUGUGUGUGUGCCAGAGCGCCGUGCGUUCUCAUUUGUCGGGGGUAUAAAACGGUGAAGCAAGAACACAAGCCGCGCGAUGCGAUGCGAUGCGAUGCGAUGCGAUGC